GGCACACGUAACGCGUUCUAAUGCUAUCUUCCAGCUGUUUUUUUUGCCUUAUUUAUAUCAAACAAAAACUGUACUUUUCGCAAUAAUCACGAAAUUGAUAAAUAACUCAAGUAUUCUGUCAAACGCUACCUGCAUACGUACAUAUUUGGGGGCCGUGUGAAUUCAUUUGUGAUUUUAAUCAAAGGUUAAAUUGAUUGGAUUAUUAUGGAAAAGUGAAAAUUGUGUUAAAAGUGUCUUAGUGUGUCCCAUUCGCGUUGCUGAAAAUUGAAUUAAUAAAUGAGAAAGAGAUACUAGUUGGGUAUACGAGUACUUGUGAUAAUUCAAAACAUUGUAGAUCUCGUAUCGAAAGCAGAAUACCGGUUCCUCUCAAAUGACGAUUCGCGUUCGGUAGAAUGACAGAGUACAGAUACAAAGUAUACCUAACAAGAUGACGGAGGCUUCUACACAAAUAACUUUAGACGACUUAAAAGAAACUCCUUAUUCCUUCAACUGUGAUGGUUGCGGCAAAAAUUUUCCAAAUCUUAAAUGUUUUUAUCAGCACCGGAAGUUGCACAGAAAACAUGCCGGAGGAAGCAAUCUAGAAUAUCAUAGCUGCCCGUUGAAAAACCUAGACAAGGAAACUCAGCAGCAGCUGAACAAACUAGAACGAUAUCAUCUCUCUACGCUCAUCUUGAAGCUAGACACGAGGGCGGGAGAUCAAAGUAAUUCAUCCGCAUUUCAAUGUAAGCUAUGUGAAGGGGUGUUUACGACAAAAUCUAGCUUGAAGCGGCACGUCCUCACAAGACACACCGGAGAAAAGGAAUACCAUUGCGAAAUUUGCCCACGUAAAUUCGCACUUGCUUACUAUUUGAAAUAUCACAUGCGAAUUCAUGCUACAGAAGGAGUAAAACCGUUCAAAUGUGAGAUAUGCCCAAGAUCGUUUUUCAAUAAGCGUAGUGUUAAGAACCACAUGGAGUCCCACACGCAGGGCGAGACUCGACCCUACAAUUGUGACCAGUGUUCCAAGAAUUUCAGCAACAAAUACCAACUGAAGUAUCAUUCAAAAAUACAUGAACUCGGAAAACAAUUCAAGUGCGAUUACUGCCCGAAACGAUUUACCUACAAAGGAAAUUUGCAAUAUCACUUAGGAACUCAUAAGGCGGAGGAAAACCCAUACGCGUGUGAUUACUGCGGCAAACGGUUUACAAAUAAAUAUUAUAUACUAAAACAUGUGAGCCAACAUGAAAGGAGUGAAUCUGAAAUAUACAAAUGUGAUAAAUGUCCGAAGGUGUAUAAGUACAAACAUGGGCUUAAAGCGCAUACCAAAGUUCAUGAGGAAGAAGAGAAUAUGGAGUUGUCUGAGUCGGGCUCACUGCGUGCAACCAGAGUGUUAAAAUGUGACAAUUGCCCAAAAACUUUCAUGAACAAGUACAGUUUAAAAUACCAUCUCGAAGUUCAUAUGGACGGGGUGAAUCCGACCUACACUUGCACCUAUGAAACAUGUGACAAAAAAUUCACUAGAAAAUUUAUCCUGAACCGACAUCUUAAAACUCACGGGAAAGAAUUUCAGUGUAACACCUGCGAGAAGAAGUUUUCCAAUAAACAAAAUCUGAAAAUGCAUUGUUUGAUACAUGUAGAUAAGAAACCAUUUCCUUGUAACGAGUGCGGUAAACAAUUUGUUCGACCGGGACUUUUAAAAAAACAUCUUAGUAAUCACGCUAACAAAAGGGCGAAGACGAUAUCUAGCUAGAUAUGUCCUAAUAGCAAAGGAGCACAGACUUAGAAAAGUUACUGUUGUUAUUAUCAUAUUCAUAGAUAAAUAAAUUUUACAUUUAUUUA